AUGUUCUCAUUACGAAAAUUUCGACGGUGGGCGGCGAUGAUGGACGAGCUCCCGACCGAGACCCUGCGCCAUGUCGCGACCUUCUUGGGCAUGCGCGACCUCAAGGCCACGUCCCUCGUCUCGUCGACGUGGCUGCAUGUGGCGACGGGCGAUGCCAGCCUCUGGAAGGCGCAGUUCGUACGCCGAUGGUCGGAGACCAACUUUGAUGUGGCGCACGACGUGCCACUGGUCGUCGCCGCGCCGCUGGUCCAGGCGCUUGGCACGGAGAUGGCGUGCUAUCGCCUGCUGGCGCACGCGGUGCUACCAUUGCCGACGCACGCCGAUGUGGCCGGACAGGCCAAGUUUGUGACGCUCGCACACGAUCGGAACCGUGACAACGCGCCGAUCGAGGUGCAUUAUGCAGGAAGGAACCUCGGUGGCGACCGCUGCAUUCGCGCCAACGUCCCCAUGACCGAGACGCCGCACGCGAUGGUGUAUCGCCAGCGCCAGCUUGAUGGCCGCGAGUUCUAUAUGGUCGGACUCACGUGCGACAACUACUUCGAGGUGACGAUUGGAACCGAGCCGAUGAUCAACCCGCGGCGCCCCUUCAACCUCGACCGCCACUGCGUCUCGGUCGGGCUCUGCAACAAGUCCUUUCGCCUGAAGGGAGCGCAGCCAGGCUGGCGUCGCCACUCGUAUGGGUACCACGGCGACGACGGCUGCUUCUUUCACGCGUCGGCGCGGGGGGAAGCGUUUGGGCCCGCAUUUUCGAGCGGCGACACGGUCGGCUGCGGCCUCGUCCAUAGCAUCCACACCAAUGCCCAUAUUGUGUACACGCUCAAUGGCGCUGUGGUCGGGCGCCCCGUGGCGUGCCUGUCACCCACCGUGUACCCUGUGGUGGGCAUCGACUCGCCGUUUGCAGUGCGCUUCAACUUUGGCCAAGCGCCGUUCCAGUACCAGCAUAUGGACGCGCUCUUUGCUGGCACCGAGGCCAUUUUAAUGUGCACGACCAACCCCGUCGUAUGGGACGAUGGUGAGUGGGACGACGACGACAGUGACGCGGACAUGUCGGACGCAUCCUCGGACGACGAUAACGAGAGCGGGAUCCCUGCGCCAUUCGCUGACCUCUUUCGCGCCUAUCCCAUACUCUACGGCGCCUAGUGGUGUGCCUAAUGUCUUUUGAUUUUCGCGAUAUAUCAUCCAACAUGACGGUGUAAAAAAGGGU